AUGUCCUUGGAAAAGGACACGAACAAGUUCCUUCAACCUGAGAGCAAUACCAAUGAUCAAGAUGUACCUGCAGUGUACCGUUCACUGAAUUUCCGUAGUCUUCAAGAUCCAUAUUCACAUAAUAAAGACACGAUCACAAGUCAUUACAGUACUUUAAGAGCUGAUGAUCUAGAGACGAUGCUCCAUGGUGGUCUUGAACGAUUCUAUCAGAAAUAUAAUCAUCUUUCACGUAAAGUAAAUAUCCAGCUACCUACACCUGAAAUACGCUUUGAGAACUUGUCAUUUACGGUCCAAGUGCCUGCAUCAGUGGAAGAUCAUGGGACCGUGGGGUCAUACCUUCGUCAGAUCUUUACACCCUGGAUACGACCAACAAUGGUUACGAAACACGCACUACAUUCAAUGACAGGGAUAAUUAAACCUGGUACAUUAACACUUGUACUUGCAAAUCCUGGUGCUGGUAAAUCAACUUUCCUCAAAGCAUUAGCUGGUAAGCUCCAGAAUUCCCCCAAUACGACACUAGGGGGUGAGAUACUGUACUCUGGACUGCGUGGUGAUGAAAUUGAUUUGAUUAAACUUGCAGGUUUAGUGGAUCAAACAGAUAAUCACAUUUCUACCUUAACAGUACGAGAAACAUUCAAGUUUGCCGACAUGUGUGUAAAUGGAUUACCACAAGAUCAACCAGAGGAAUUACGAGAUAUUGCUGCUCUUCGAACCGAGCUUUUUCUCCAUAUCUUGGGCAUGGAAGAGUGUGCUGAUACGGUAGUCGGUGAUGCAUUGCUACGAGGUGUUAGUGGUGGUGAACGGAAGCGUGUGACGAUCGGUGAAGUUCUAGUUGGAGGUCAGAGUCUUUUUCUAUGUGAUGAGAUCUCCACGGGUCUCGAUAGUGCUGCUACCUUUGACAUUAUUAAAUCACUACGGACAUGGUGCAAGACGCUUGGUGGGUCAGCUGUAAUUGCUCUGCUACAACCAACUCCCGAAGUGGUGGAAAUGUUUGAUGACAUUUUGAUGAUUAAUGAGGGUCACAUGAUGUACCACGGCCCGCGUACGGAGAUUCUGGACUACUUUGAAGGACAUGGGUUCACGUGUCCCUCUCGUGUUGACCCCGCAGAUUUCCUAAUAGAGAUUACUUCUGGUCGAGGACAGCGAUAUGUGAAUGGCAGCAUUCCAGUAAAGGAUCUACCCGUAUCGCCAGAAGACUUCAAUAACCGGUUUUGUCAGUCAAGUAUCUAUCGCAAGACUCAUGAUGUCAUCAGUAAAGGAUACAACGAGCAUCAGUUUGAGAGUCCCGAGGACUUUAAGAAGGCCAAGAGUGUGACCACAUUAGCUCGUUCGAAAGAGAAAUCUGAGUUUGGCCUUGCAUUCGUUCCGAGCACGUUGCUGCUGCUGAACCGGCAGAAACUGGUAUGGUUGCGUGACCCGCCACUAUUAUUGGGGAAACUGUUUGAAGGACUUGUCAUUGGCCUUGUCAUGGGCAUGCUUUACUUUGAUGUGAGCACAACGUACUAUCUACGCAUGAUUUUCUUCAGUAUUGCGCUGUUCCAGCGUCAAGCGUGGCAGCAAAUUACCAUCUCGUUCGAUCUACGCAAAGUCUUUUACAAGCAACGACCACGCAACUUCUUUCGCACGUCCUCGUACGCCAUCGCUGAAAGUGUAGUGCAGAUACCAGUGAACAUGGCCGUUUCGUUUGUUUUGGGCACGUUCUUUUACUUCAUGAGCGGCUUGACGCGGACGUUUGAGAAGUACAUCGUUUUUUACCUAGUGCUGCUGUGCUUCCAGCAUGCUAUCAGUGCGUACAUGACAAUGCUGAGUGCUUUGUCACCGAGUAUCACAAUUGGUCAGGCUUUGGCAGCUAUCUCCGUGAGCUUCUUUCUGUUGUUCUCGGGUAACAUUAUCUUGGCGGACCUGAUCCCAGAUUACUGGAUUUGGAUGUACUGGUUCUCUCCGAUCUCGUGGGCCCUGCGAAGUAACAUGUUGUCUGAGUUCUCGAGUGACCGCUAUAGUCCAGCCGUGAGCAAGGCGCAAUUGGAGAGUUUCUCAAUCACGCAAGGUACGGGAUACAUUUGGUUCGGUGUUGCGGUGCUUAUCGUGUACUACUUCGCUUUCACAAGUUUCAACGCAUUGGCACUGCACUACAUCCGAUACGAGAAGUUUAGAGGUGUGAGUGCAAAGGCCAUGAAGGAAGAGGAAGAGACCCACAAUGUAUACGUUGAGGUGAGCACACCAAAAUCUUCCCAACAAGGCAUCGGAGCUACGAAGGCGAAGGAUGCGGGCCUACCAUUUACUCCUACAAAUUUGUGUAUCAAAGACCUGGACUAUUAUGUGACGUUGCCGUCGGGUGAGGAGAGACAAUUGUUGCAGAAGAUCACGGCCCACUUCGAACCUGGCCGUAUGGUUGCGCUGAUGGGUGCAACGGGUGCCGGUAAGACAACGCUGAUGGACGUCAUCGCUGGGCGUAAGACGGGUGGACGGAUCGUCGGUGACAUAUACGUGAACGGUGAGUUGAAGGAUCCGGAAAUAUUCAGUCGUAUCACAGCGUACUGUGAGCAGAUGGACAUCCACUCAGAAGCCGCAAGCAUAUACGAGGCGUUAGUGUUCUCGGCAAAGCUGCGCCUACCCCCAAACUUCACCGAGGAGGAGCGCAUGAAUUUAGUGCAUGAAACACUUGAGUUGCUGGAGCUAUCGUCUAUUUCCGGUGAGAUGGUAGGCAGUCUAUCAGUGGAGCAGAAGAAGCGUGUGACGAUCGGUGUUGAGGUGGUGUCGAACCCCAGCGUCUUGUUUCUAGAUGAGCCAACGAGCGGGCUUGAUGCGCGGUCAGCACUGAUCGUGAUGCGGGGCGUGCAGUCGAUUGCUCGCACGGGCCGCACAGUGCUGUGUACGAUCCACCAGCCCAGUAUCUCAAUCUUUGAACUGUUUGACGGCCUGCUGCUGCUGCAGAAGGGAGGCUACACGGCGUACUUUGGUGACCUCGGUGUGGACUCGGUGAAGAUGCUAGAGUACUUUGCCUCGAUCCCUGGCACGGAAGAGAUCCGUCCGCAAUACAACCCAGCCACGUACAUGCUGGAAGUGAUUGGCGCUGGUAUCGGUCGCGAUGUAAAGGACUACUCAGUAGAGUACAAAAACAGCGAGUUGUGCCAGAAGAAUCGUGAGCGUACGUUAGAGCUGUGCCAAGUGUCCGAGGUGUUCAUACGCCACUCAACGCUGAACUAUCGGCCGAUCGCGACGGACUUCUGGAACCAACUGCGUGAGCUAACGACGAAGCAGCGGCUGACGUACUGGCGCAACCCGCAAUACAACUUCAUGCGAGUGUUCCUGUUUCCGAUUUUCGCCGUUAUCUUCGGCACAACAUUUUACCAGCUCUCUGCUGACAGCGUGAAGCGCAUCAACUCGCACAUUGGUCUCAUCUACAACAGUAUGGACUUUAUUGGUGUGACAAAUUUGAUGACGGUGAUUGAAGUGACAUGUGCUGAGCGUGCUGUGUACUACCGUGAACGCAUGUCAAAUUACUACAGUCCGUUACCGUACAGCUUGUCACUUUGGUUUGCUGAGAUUCCAUACUUGAUCGUGGUGAUCAUUCUGUUUGUGACGAUCGAGUAUUGGCUAGUGGGAUGGAGUGACAAUGCUGGUGACUUUUUCUUCUUCCUGUUUGUUUUUUACCUCUACACGUCUGCGUGCACGUACAUUGGUCAGUGGAUGUCUGCAUUGAUGCCGAACGAGAAGGUGGCCAAUGUGGCUGUAGGUGCAAUUUCGUGCCUACUGAAUCUAUUCUCGGGCUACCUACUUCCACGUACUGCUAUGAAAGCAGGUUACAAAUGGUUCCAAUACUUGAUGCCAUCGAGUUACUCGCUUGCAGCACUGGUGGGUGUACAGUUUGGCGAGGUACAAGACAUCAUCGCGGUGACAACGAAUGGUGUGACCACUGAGAUGACAGUGGCCACAUACAUCGAGGACAUCUACGACUUUCGACCGGACAGCAAGUACAACUUCAUGAUUGGUCUCAUUGUGAUUUGGCUCGUAGUGCAGCUUGCUAUCUACCUGACAUUCAAGUACGUAAGUCACCUCAAGAGAUGA